AUGUACUUGAAGUCAAAUUUCAUACCGAAGGGGGCCAAGCAGGCCAAACAAACUGUGGUGGUGGAGGUGGAGGUGGCAGCGGAGGCAUUUCAAAUGAAGGUGCAGGUGGUUGAACCUUCAGUUGAAGGACCGAAAGAGCUGAGUAGAUUUAGUGACAAACCUGGAGAUGCCUCAUUGGAAGAUUUAUUUCCACCAAUCGACAAACAGGGCAAUUAUGGAGCUGAAGCUUCAACAUCAACUACCGGCCAUGAACUUCCAUAUAAUGGUGUAUCAAAUGACCUUGCAAAGGUGCUCAACGCCAGGGUAGUGGAGAAGCAAAAGGGAAAUGAUAGCGAGUCCACAAAUGGUGGGAAACUAAUUGAAAUUGCAGAUCGACUACAAGAUAUUGAUGCACAGGGUUUUGGUGACAAUAUUGCUGGAGAGAGUCUUUUCCCUUGGCAGGUGUGCUAUUGCUUCCUUCUACUACCACAAUGCAUUCUGCAACUGCUGUCUAUGUUUGUAAAAACCCAUAUCAAUACUUUUGGCACAUGUUUCUUAAAGCAUCUUCUAGGCCAUAAGGUGCCUCGAGGGUGCAAGGCGUUGCUGACGAGCUGGGGUAGCUAGAUAUGGUGACGAGCUGGAUAGCCUAGGAAAGCCCAA